UGUGACGUUUCUUCGUAACUUGAAUUUUACCACAUAGGGUGAAAAUUUCCUCCCAGCUUGAUCUGGCUGGCAAAGCAUUAUUGGCAGCACAGCAUUAGACACAAAUAUGGCGUCGGAUGGUGACGCUGCCAGUGACGAUACAUCAUGGACGCUGGAGCUGGAGGCGGCGCUGAUGAGCGUGCCGGAGGGCGUGGACGUGCGCAGCAUCGCCAAGUGCCGGCCGCUGCCGGACGAGCUGCGCGGCUCCGCCUGGCUGGCCUGCCUCGACAUACAGCAGGACGUCGACGACGGUCUCAUGACCUUCACCAACAUAUACGACCUGCCCGAACAGACCGAGAUGCGCGAGGACAUCCAGCAGCUGGUCGAGCGGCUGGGGAACGACGAGGGUGACCGGGUCUCGGUAAUGUCGGACGUGGAGUCGGUGCUCACCCACUACUGCAAGUCACAGCGGGACACCUACCGGCGCGGCAACGGCUGGAUGGACCUGCUACAGCCGCUGGUGCCGCUCAAGCUCAACAAGCCAGAGCUCUACUUCACAUUCACCAACAUCCUGCAGCGAUACAUACCCAAAAACUGCAAGAAGGACGGAGAUCCAUAUCACCUGCUUCGGCUGCUGCUGCUGUACCAUGAGCCGGAGCUGUGUAACUUCCUGGACACGAUCAAGGUCGCCCCCGAUACAUACACCACGGCCUGGUUCAACAGCCUUUUUGCGGCCACCUGUGACCUGAAGGCGCUUCGUGUCAUGUGGGACAUCUACUUUCAAAUGGACGACCCAUUCCUCAUCUUCUUUCUUAGUUUGGUCAUCCUCGUCAACGCGAAGGAGCAGAUCCUGGAGCUGAAGGGCAAGCCGCGCGCGCAGGUGGUCUCCACCGUCUCCUCGCUGCCCUGCUUCAUCCAGGCCGAGGACGUGCCAGACUUCUGCGAGCUCGCCAACUUCUACUCCAUGAGGACGCCCAAAUCGUUCCGGAGAAAACUGUACCCGUCGCUGUUCGGCGUGUGCGCGCCCCACCUGUCGUCGCUGCUGACGCCGACGGUGCCGCUGGCCCAGUCGCUCUGCCUGCCCGUCUACGUGGACGAGAUCCUCUCCAGCAUGGACAGUCGCGACGCGCCGGAGGGUCUGCCCGACACCGACACGGUGAAGUUUUUCCUGGUGGACUGCCGGCCGGCCGACCAGUACAACGCCGGCCACCUGUCCACGGCGUUCCACCUAGACUGCACGCUGAUGCUGAGCGAGCCGGCGGCGUUCGGCACGGCGGUGGCGGCGCUGCUGAGCGCCCAGCAGCAGGCCACGGCCGCCCGGCACUCGGCCGCCGGCGAGCACCUCUGCUUCAUCGGCUCAGGUCGAGAAAAAGAGGAUCAGUUUUUGCACAUGGUGGUGGCUUCUUUUCUUCAGAAGCGUUCGCUUUACGUCAGCAAAGUGGAAGGAGGAUAUCAGGCGGUGCACGACAUGCUGUCAGAGAACCUGUCGGCGCUGGCCGACCACUCCGCACGACAAUGCGUCGUCUGCACACCGGACGAGGCGGCGGCCGGCUCGGACGGCGGCCGGCCGGCCUCCGAUGCCACUGCCGCCGCCGCCGCAAACAAGACCUCCCUCCUCGACCGGCUCGGCGCCCGCUGGAAGGUCAAGGGCCAACAGGUGAAGGAAAAGCUGGUGGACAUCAUCACGAACGCGUCGGCCGAGCAGCCUGAGCGGCACGUCAGCAGCCAGGACAAGGGCAAACGCUACCGCAACCUAGCGCCCGUGUUCUCGCUGGACGACGAGCAAGACGGCGACGAGCUGGAGGAGGUCGAAAUCGCUGACGAGUCCACCAUGGAGCUGGUGGAGGUGGCCGACUGGCUCCAGAAGCCCGAGGUGCUGCACCAGUUCAAAUGCCAGCACAUCAAGGACAGCCGCCUGGCGCACCCGAGCCUGCUGCUGGUGACGCCCACCCAGCUGCUGGUGCUGCGAGAGAUCGCCGGCAAGCCCGGCUGGGCGCACCUGGCCGUCAAGCGCUCGCUCACGUCCAUCGUCACCAUCACCAGCAAGAAGAAGCGGCCGGAACUCAUCACCUUCAAGUACGGCGUCAACGAGGGCGACAGCAUGACCGUCACGGACCUGGACAGGUUCUAUAUCCCGCGCGCCGGCGACGCCACCAAGGCCGUCAAGAUGGCCAUCAUCCAGCUGUCGUCGGAGGCGGAGGCGGAGGACGGAGGCGAGACGUGACGCGCCGCACCCGCCGCGGACCUGACGAGAGAGGGAGAGAGGGCGGGCCGGCGGACCGGCGCCCGAGCCGCCCUCUUCUGCCGACGACGGGAGCUGUGAGCGAAGCGGCGCGCUGGCGGGC